AACUUCUCGUUUCGAGAAAAGUAUCGAUGCCGUCUAACGUAAAUGUAUUACUCGAUAUUUCGCGAACUCAUAGCAAAACGGAGGGUUAAGUCUCCCCAGAGUCAGGUUACGCAGCAUCAACUUACCUUGAAUUUACCACGUUUAUCACCAAACUCAGUGCCACUAUUAUCAAACUUUACAUAAAAAUAUUAGCUUGGUAACAGUUAUUAAGAAGCUCGAGAAAUGCUACAUUACCCCAUCCCCAACCUAAUAAUUGUUGCAUUCAGGUCCAUAAUUAAAUAAACCCCGCCACCUGAAUAAAAAAGCAGGUUAAGCUUUUCCCAGCCGCGUUAAAAAAUUCCCUCCUCCUCCCCCGCUCGUUCGUAUUAUCCUUUCACCUUUUGUCUUCUUCCUAUGCAUCUCUAUUUUCUUCACCCCUUUUCUCUACAUCUUUCCAACCCUUCACGCAUUGUCGUUCUUCGCUCGCGCUUCCUCCCUCUCCUCGAAGCUUCACACGUUUCCUCGUCCCCUCCUCUUCGUCUCGGCGCUCCUACCUCUUUUCAACCCUUCUGUCUCGCGCUUCGCGGAUCCUCCAUCCCUCUCCUCUACACAUCCACCCCCACUAGGCGGUCGAGAGCGCCGGCCCGAGAGCUUCGGUCGAGUCAAGCUACGACACGGUUCAGCCGAGUUCAGUCGCGCCACUCGGUCGUGGUGUUCACGUGCCAUCGCAAGCUCGACAGCGUCCGUUCAGUUGCCCAUCCGAGAGGAAACGUUUACCCGAAACACACACAUAGACACAGAGAGAGGGGGAGUGACGAGGCUGGUGGAUCGUACACGUUCGAUGUCCCCUCUUCGAGUGUCCUGCCACGAUCUCAAGAAUGCCUAACGAGAACGCGGCAAUUUGCGGGUGCGGAGUGGUAGUGGACCUCCAGAAAUCACGAAAUGGCCCUCUAUCCGCGAAGAAGCACACCAUCAGGAUACCCAAGUCGAAGAGCGGCAAGUCCGAAGGACGAUCCGCGAAGAAACAUCAGGAUGAGGCGCGUUCGAAGAACAGGAGCUCCGAGACAGGAGGCAGCAGCUCCGUGGCAGAGCAAACGAGACCAGUCACGAUAAUCUGCAAAUAUGAUAAACGAUUGAAAAAUUCGAGAAGGGCCAGGAGCGCCGACAGAGCUGAAUCGCAUUAUACUUACAUCGAUUCUGGGUCCAGCAUACUCGGCGGUGGAUUUCGGGAAAACACUAUACCGGAGGCCCUGUACGCCACCAUUCCAGACACGCCGAACUCGAGUGCCAAUGAUACAGGAAAUAGUCAAUUAAACGCGCAUAGUAGAUCGCAACCCGUUUACGCCAUUCCCUCUAUGGUAUCGCCGCCGCCCACCUACGACGUAGCCAUCUCGAAAACGUGGCAGUCUGGCCUGCCACCGACCUACGAGGAGUACCUGUGUCACAAGUACGCCAUGCUGUCUCGAUCUCACACCCCGCCGCCGCCGUGGUCGGAUUCGACGACGACACCUCAAGCGAUGAGCGCUCAAACGCGUCGGGAGCUGUUGGCGAGCCAGCCAGAGCUCAGGGAGUAUCUGGAGCAGUUGUCGUUGUCACAGAACAACGAGAGGUCCAGUGGACACCACCGCCAGGGCGCUGUGCUGAGGGACAGCUACCUCUCGAAUCAGCAAACCUUCAGGGAGCAGCAAACCAGGACGAACCAGCAGCGAACGCGAAAAAUGCCUCCCAGAUCGCAGAGCGAGAGUCGAGUGCAGCAGCAAAGAAUCGCGACGUACGAAGACGGCGCGUUCUGCAUGGAGACGACCGCGCUGCAAUCCGCGUUCGAGAAUGGACUAGCCUUUUGCAGUUUGAUGUAAGAUCUCCAAACAUCCGAUGAACGAGACGAAACAAACCAAGGAUUCCAGAGAUCCAGGAAAAUUGUAUUCGAGAACAGUGUCUCGUCGGUGGUCGCUCGAAAAGGAAGAAUUUCAUUGCGGACGCAACGAAACAUCCCCCACGAAUCGACUUCGAUACAAUCGAUCUCGUACCUUCGCUAUUCCCCAGACUCCUUCCUUCUUUCGCCGCGUUCCGUAAAACUUGAACGCGAGCUUCGAUUCGAUUCGAGGGUGAAACGGGAGUUCGUUCGACGUCUUCGACGGGGAAAUUUUGAGAGGUCCAGGCACUCGAAAAUUUCUCUGGUUUCGAGGAUUUCGAAACUUUCCAGACGCCAGAAGACAUUGGAAAUUUUCAAGUCCUGCAGUGGAAACUUUCUAAACGCGGAGUUUCGCCGCAAGAAAUUCUUGAAUUGGUGGAACUUUCGAGCGCCUGUUGUAUCGACAUCUCUCGACGGCACUGAAAAUUAAUAAUUUGUGGAGAACAUGGACGAGUUUUGUGUGAUUCGUUAUUACGUUUUGGACCUUACACCUUGGAUCGUCUCUCGGAAGGAAAUUUAUAACUGCUCGGUAACCGAGGCUCCUUAAUUUAAGACUCGUCGCGGAUAUGCAACACGUAAGUAUUUGAAUUGAAAUUUUUUAAUUGAUCGAUCAACUUUAGAAUUAUUCGGUUCCGUUAAAUGACCAAGCUUGAAGUCGAAAUGAACACAGAAAUGUAAAUGUAAAUGUUCCCUGCAAAUUAUUAUCGUUACAAUACAAGCUGGACUACCUACUCUGGUCCCGAAAAUCUCCCAGCUGUAGAUCUUCGAAUGAUCACCGUCAUUCGCACAAAUCUAACGUCAACUAACCGAAAACGCUGUCUCAAACGAUUCCAUCACUCGAAUACAAUUUUUAUUUAAACGAGCUAGCAGAAUGCUCGAACGUGAACAUUCUUUUCAUUACUCACGGUUGGUGGACGAGCAAUCUUCUUUAUGUACUCGAGAAAUCGCUCAUGCGCAUUGCGAACGAUGAAUUUUCCGAUUGCCUUCGUCCUUCCUGGCUGGUCCAGGAUCCGUGCGCCUAAUUCGAGCAGGAACAAUGGGAAAAACUCGGUGAAUUUAAUGUUCCUUGUUUUGAAUUACUCGCGAAAACGAAUUUAGGUUUUUCGCGUUGUGAGAAAAAGGCGCAACGGUUCGAAUACGCAUAGCGAUUGUUUUGGCCUAAUUUGAAGGAUACAUAGAUCUUCUGUUCCUUCUUUGCCGAUAACCAGUCAAUUGCAUAGGACUUUUCUACUUACCACGGGUAUGUAUUAUAAUUUGCAUGUAGUAUGUUUAUGUAAACGUUCCCAAUGUUUGUACUUUGAUGCACGUACAUAAUCACGUACAGUUGCAUCGAAUUAUUUGCAUAAAUGAGUUUGUUAUUUAACGUAGGAUACUCGAACGCUAUAAACAGAUCGGACGAAAUCUUGAAUGAAAGAAGAGACUGACGUCGAAAUCUUCGAGUAUCUAAAAUUGUGGAAUGAAAAUUUCGAUGUUCACAAUUUAUUUUUGAAAGAAAAUCUCUGGUGUUUACGUAAUUUAUUAAUUGACUCGUGAAUUCGAAAAGUUCAAACUUAAAAUAUUGUUCUAAUUACCGAGACUAUGUUAAUUGUAUUCAGAGAUCGUUCAUUUCGUGACAUUUCUCUUCUCUCAAAGAAUACGUUUUUGCUGGCAAAACGAAUUCGAAAUUUCCAAUGAAUCUCAUCGAAACGGUUUCAAUUACGAAAGAAUUCGUAAUCAUCGGAGAUGAUCGAAAAACAUGCCGAUCGUCUCGAAACGGCAUUUAAGAUUCGUGUUCAUCGCCCACACGCUCCCUAACAAAUAAAUAAAACGAGGAAAGAAAAUACUUAAGGCCGUGCUCUGUGUUCACUACAAGUAUAUUCAUCGUCGUCACGCUAUGUUGCCAACACGCAACAAGCAAUCGAACCUUCCGAUCCUGCUUUUUUCUUGCGAGUUUCUCAUUCUUCUACUUUCUCGUAUUUUUUUGAAAGAGAUAUUUAUCCUCCAAAAGAAAAUGGUAACUUUUUCUCCUAUCGGUUGGAUAAUAUUAACGAAUAAACGAACGAAACAUUCGGCUUGUUUUUUAGCGAUCGAAACGAGACAAGCGGAACUUAAAUUCUUGUAGAAGCGCCGGUAUAAAAUUUUUAUUUUUGUCACUGUAACGUUUAAUACGGACGAAUGUCGUAGUUUGUUCUAGCUAUAGUACGAUAUAAGGGAAUUGUGGGUGUUUAACGAGAAACGAAAAAUGAUAUACAUUUCUAUAGAGUGUAGGGAUACAAUUUAAUCUUCGCUGUCCUGUUGUAUAUAAACGUAAUCGAUUACGAAACUCCCGGUGAAUCUUUCGUUCGAUCUCUAAAUGUGUAUCGUCGAGUUUCACCUUGUAAUUGUUUGCCAGAUUCCGGGUGUUUUCGGUAUAACACAAAGGAAAGUAUCUUUCAUCGAAACAGAGCAGAAAAAGUAUUUCUGAACUAUUUUUGAAGCAGACACGUCCCACGGGCGCGCUGUCCGUAGAAUUUAAUUUGCAAACUUUCAGUGGAUUAUGGUAAUUUCUUUGCGCUACGUUGCAUGGAACCAGAUCAUCGAUUCGUUUCCCGGCAGUCUGAAUAUUUAACGAAGUCGAACGAAAACGUACUCGUUAAUUUCGGACGCGGUUCCACGACAGAGUUGGGUACAUUCUAUUUCGAAUAACGAAUACGGAGUAAUCAAUGGUUAUCGAAACCAGGCUUGCACGGAUAAGAUUUCAUUCGUUAUUCGAAAGGAUGCAUGAAAAUCUAUUCGAAUAAAUCUUUAAUCGAAUGAUCACUCGAGUGAGAAUUUAUUCGAGUAACGCCAAACUCUGUUCCAUGAUAAUAUCCAAACGUCUCAUUGAAAUAAAUGUACAUGUACGCGCAUAUAAAGUAUGUAAAAUAAAGUGUCCAAUAAGUAUUCAUCGCUAAGAAUAGUUUUACCGAUUCGUUGGCUGAAUGUUGGCGAAGAUAUACGGUAGAACGUUAAUUAUCCAGAUGGGUGCUACAACGUAUUCGAAGGAAUUUCUAAGUAGCAUUCUACCGCAUCCAUAAAAUAACGAAACACUUAUCGGCCAAAUAAUCUGGCGAACGAAACGUGUAACCAUUUUAAUUAAGGAUCAGGCCAUCAAUUUUUCUACGCGAAUAUCGCUUCGAGUCCCACGUACGGCGCAUUACAACAACCCCCCGAACGGGCGAAAUUCGUUCAUUCCUUAGACGCGACCUAAUCGCCAUUAACCAUAACCGUAAUUUUAAUGGUAAUCACAGUAAUUAACCUGUGUAAAAUUAUCGAGCCACUCGACGUACCGUAUCAGACGAUAGGGGUGUACCGCAAUUAAGUAACGACGCCCGCUCUAGGCGGCGCACUAUCGAAUAGGCUGUCCUAACGACAUACAAAGCAGAAAGUAGCGUGUAAAGUCGAUGUUUAAAUGCAGAAGCGUGUUAAGAGUGUAGACUAGUGUAAAAUUGUCCGCGUCGACGCGUUCGCGUAGCAACAACGUACCGAUUUACGUGUAAUUUAGACGGCAGGACCUGUCGAUUAGAAACUAAGAGUUCCCUUUUUCGAGCGUACGCGGUCUAUUGUACUUGUAAAUAUCCAGUGCUGUUCGUCGAACGAUCAGAACGCUGUUUACGAAUUGUCGAACGUUGAUACGAGUUUAAAAAAAAUUAUAUCUCUAUCCAGGGUUGAGCAUUAUUUCGAUGAAUUGUUAUGCGUCACUUGAAAUGGAAGUAGUAAAAGAAAUAAUUAGAUGAUAUUUGAAACAUCUGAAUAAACUGUCUGUAUUAUCUAUUAUUUAAAGAAAAAUUUGGUCAAUUCUGAUUUUAUCAGGGUUACCGUAUUCAACAAAAUACUACUUACAGUUAGGACUUAUUCGUACACACGGUCAAGUCUCCAUUUUCGGAAACAGGAACGUUUCGAAUUACUUUCCAUUCAUUUCGAAAGCAAAUAGUUUUGAUAAUUCGAGAAAAGCGUUCCGCGAACAGCAAUUGAGUUCUCAAUCGCAUCAGCGAAUGAUGUUUCACACAAAAGUUGCUUCCAAUCGAUCCAAUAGCACGAAAUGGAUGCACGAUACUCGUUAAUAACACGUAACGUGUUACUCAUUAUUGUAUAUAACGAUCGCCAUCGUUUCGUGGAGAACGUAACGUAUAUUCGAAUAGGUAUAACGUAACAGCGAAUAAUCUGACUUACGAACACUUCGCCACGAUGGAGAAUGAUGUUCCAUGGCGAAACUUCGUUAUUAUUCUCGACACCAAAUCAACGUUUCUGUCUGUUAAAAUAACACAAUUGGUUUCAAUCCAAUAUAACCCAACGUAUGUUUCGGUCGCCAAGAAAACUUUAAUUUGUCCGAGAGAAUUAAGAAACAUUCGACAAUUUCAUUAUAAUAAAUUCAUUUCAUUUAGAACUAGCACUCGAGUUAGCUCUCAAAUUAGUACAUCAAUAAUUUCUCGCGCGGAAUAAUUGCGAACUAAUUACGAACUCCGAGACAAAGUAGUUUAUGAACACGACGCGACGCGAGGAGAAGUCCCAUGAACCGCGAUUGAGGAAUUAUUGCGCUUCGUAACGAGUUACCAAUAGAUAAACCCUUCACUGGCAUGCAACGUGCGUGAAGACGUUAAAUUUUGUUUAAAAGUAAAUCGCGAAGGAGACGGUAUAUAUUAAUGUUACGAAGAAGGAAUCGCAUAGAUUAGGAUCCCGCGGGGCUCGCCGCGUUUAAACAAUCUAAUGUUAGUAAAUCUUCAGUCAAGUUUCACGCCGAUGCGACACGUAGAUGAUUCUCCUAUCAACUGAGGAUUUCAUUGUCUCGGGGCAAAGAGAUAAAGCAGUGGAGAUAAUCAAAUGGGGAUUAUUCUUUAUUCUUUUUCUCCCUUUAAUUCUCGGCGUUAGAAGAAUCAUUCUGCGAGCUGACGUACGUCUAAGCGCACACGGUCGAUCGUUCAAACGAUAAUGGUUAAUAAAUGUGAAAGGACACGUCGCAACACCGAUGUGGAUAUCUUCCGCAGCUUCCACCGUCACAAUCGCAGAGAAAUGGAACUUAGAACUGCCAAAGAGCGAGACAUUUCUAAAAUUUGUAGAUCGAACACUUACGUAAAUUUGCAAAGCGGCGUUAUCGAUACACGUCGUUUACGAUACGAAGGCUGGAUUGGUUCGCGAAUUGUGGUACUUUGUACGGGAGAGGGGACGACCUGGAUCAAAAGGUGUUCCGGUGAACCAGUACCAACGAAACGGAAUUAUUUCGUGAGAAUGUAAUGGAAGAAUACGACGUCACGGUGGAAAAGCGUGUUCCGUAUUGGGAACGGAGUUAUAUGAAGUAGUAUUGUAAGUAAAAACUACGAUGGUAUCUUGUAGAUGCAUUACAAUGACAUAGAAAUAUUUUUCUCAUCGUCGUGUACCUCGUAUUAUUUUCCGUGAAUGUCGUUGUCUUUUUCCUGCCGUCGAGCACAAUGAUACCUUCUAAAUAUAUAAACGAAAUGAAAUGAUGGAGGAAGUAAAAAUGUUCGCGACUAACGAGAAACUAAUUAUAACGUUCCGUCGGUAACCCAUUAACGACGAACUAAAGCUGAAUCGCUAUGUCAUACUGUAUGUUGUGUAUAUUAUGAAUGUUUAGAGGACCAAGAAAUAUACUGUACCGGUGUAAAAACACUCCAAUCGUUUUGUUUUUUACCUCCAAUAUAAAAAUAAAAAGGUUUCGCGACCACGAAGGUAAAGUGAUUAGUGAAAUUAGUUAAUACAUUACCCAAGGAAUUUAUCAACUGCUUGCCCCCAAUAAUUGGAUGAUAUUCGCCAUGACUUUCUUCAGAGUUUACGGAUGGAAAUUUGUUGGCGAAUCACAGAAAUUUCAUCGAACGUAAAUAGUCGUUUUUGUUGGAUUCGCACAUCGCUACGCUUCCACUGUUGACACAAUGAGGCAAACAUUUCAGGAGAUUUUUCGUGCUAUAAUAAACUAGAAAAACAAAAAUUUAAAGAACGACAAAUUUUCAUCAUCGAAAACAUCUUUCACAAAUGUCGAGUUGACGUUUAGUAUACGAAACUUGAUACUCUGGUUUACGAGAUGAGGGAAUUAGGUUUAAAAAAAAAAAAUAGAAACAUAUAGGUUUCUUAUGCAAAUCAGGUACAAAGAAAAAAAUAGAUAGGAUUAUGUAAAAUAAUCGCGAAGGCGGGACUUAAAUAUCUCGGCGUAUCACCGCAGACGCGAGAAACGUAUCUAAUUUCACGAUAUCUAAUUAAAGAAUGACACACCUUCCGCAAUAACCCGGACGGCUUCCCACAUGCACACGUCAAUGUAAUUGGGA